AUGAGCGAAGUCGUCGACGUUCCGGAUGAUUCGCCGCCAAGAUCUCCGGAUGUGGAGUGCCCGUCGACCGAGGGCAAAGGUUCGGGAACCCGAUAAUAUCUCAAAUGAAGCAAAAAGCAUUUUCCAGAAGGCGUCGUCGUCUCGAGAAAGCGCACCGCCGAAGAGGAUGGCAAGAAAGUGCAGGAGGAGGAGGAGGAGGAGAAUGGAGAGGAAGAAGGAGAAGAAGAGGGCAAGGAAGAGGGAGACGGUGAGCGAUAGUAACCUAGUACAGUAGUCUAGAAAGAUGAUGCAAUGUUAUAGUGGGUGUUGACGAACUUUAGCUCAGCAUGACGUGGCACUGACAGCUACAGUGAGCCUAAGUUGACGUGGCCACAACUAGAGUAUUGUAGGAGCCUAACUGAGUGUUAGGUGAUACGAAUUUCUAGUUUUUUGGCAAAAUCAUCAAACUCUAAACUUUCAGACUCUGAAGUGCCGGCCAAGAAGGCCAAGAUCACGGAUGACGCCGAUGAUGAGGCUGACAAAUCGGCUGACGAGGUCGCCGACGCUGACGGCGACGACGAAGCCGUCCUGGAGGACGAGGAGACCACCGCCGAGGAUGGUGCGAACGACGAGAAGGAGGAGGAGGAGAAGGAGGAGGAAGAGGAGCACAACGACGAAGAAUAA